AUGAGCUCUUCUUCUUCUUCUUCACCGCAGCGUACUAGGGGUGGCAAUAGUAAUAAGGGUGGUGGAGGAGAGGAUCAAAGGCCAAGAUUCUUUGAUAAAUUGGUGAAAAAAGAGUGCUGGGCAAAAGCUGAAACAGUACCUGGUCGACAUCCAGAGAGAUGGCGCAAAGACGCUGCUGGCAACAUUGUUUGCAAGCGCUUUUGCAACUGCCAUGGCUGUCUUUGUUUCGAAUACGAUCACAUCCUUCCCUUCUCUAAAGGUGGUGAAUCUACUGCAGAUAAUUGUCAAAUACUUCAAACAAGGGUCAAUAGGUUUAAAUCAGACAAACAAGAGUUGGACGAAACUCAAUUGAAAGGUUACUCUUGCGAAAUCAAGUUCACUGACAAGGAGCUUGAUAUAAUCGAAAUGGCUGUUUAUGGGGAUGUCAUCAGACCUGGAAACCAGUGUCGUUGCAGAACUAUUGCUGAAAUGCUUGGCCAAUAUAAGUCAAAAGACCGUGUGGCUGCUUGUAAAUUGCCAUUUAGCAACGAAUCUUUGUAG